GCCAGCAACCAGCUCGUGCACGUUACGUUUACACUGAAAUAACUUCAAACGCAGGCAGGUGGUUGCAUGAAGCUUAGUGGCGAAGCCCCAGGCAGCAUUUUAUUUCAUCCAAGGAUAUUUCUCGUAACCCAGACAAAGGAAUUGACAGAGUUGGAGCUUCCUUUUUUGCCAUUCUUCAUUGCGAGCACGUGUUAUGGAAGGAGGGCCAUAAACUAAAGGAUACCAAGCCAGGCAGCAUCUGAAAUAAACCCAAACCUUGAUUAUCUCAUUUUUUGGAAUGAAUCUUCUCUUCUUAACUGGAUGAAAUGCCUUGACCUUACCCCCGCCGUACCAUGGCAAGUUUAGUCUCCUCUGUGGGUUUGGUGGUGAUGCUCAAGGCUCUCAUGCAUGCCCGUGGCCAGCGUGCAGUGUUUCUUGGGAUGACGGUGUUGGUAACAGUGAUCGCAGCUGACUCACCUGUUGCAGAUGAGUCUCUGUUGGACUCCACACACCACCCCAUUGGAUUUCUUGGACAUGUUCCAAGUUCAACAGGAUUCGAACCAUCAGCCUUACCAGCCUCACAUUAUACUGCCUUUAAGAGCCCUGACUUGCCUGGUGCCCUGCCGUCCAUUUAUAAACCAAACCAUGAAGUUAGGACAUCAACAACAACACCUCAGCUAGGUUUUAAUUCUGAGCAGAAAGAAACUCUCAACACGCAGCAGGAUGGUGCAUCAGAGCAAACGGUGGCAAUCAUGACCACACUUCCUGCUCAGCCUCUUGAGCCCCCUAACCUGUCUUUCACCGGCCCUAUGGCAGAUGAAUCUUAUAGUAAAAUCCUGGAUGUGAACCAGCUGAGCCCCAGCAGUGCCCCCUUGGAGGAGAACAAACGUGACAUAAACACGCUACCCAAGCCAGAUAUAAUUCUGGCCCCUGGCUACAAUGUGCCUUUCAUCGCCCCCCAACCUACAUCCCCUUCAUCUGAACCCACUGAGGUGUCCCCAGAGGACUUCUACCCCACCAAUACCAUGGAAUUUGACUUGGGGUCUGGGGACUACUUGGAGACAAUGUCAUUCUUAAAUCCAGAUGGGGAGGACUACUCUCUGGUCACCAAGGUGCCCUCUGACUCGUAUGAUCUGGAGGACUAUACAGAAACCUAUGACACAUCUUUCCCCUCCAGAGUAGGCAUAUUCCCUUCGUCCUUGAAUCCUCUUCACAUCUCCCCUUCUCCCAGCCUCAUGACAGCACACAGCACCCUUGUUCCACUUAAAUCCAUUCAUCCUUUCUCUUCGUCCUCUACAAUUCACUAUACACUGGACCCUAGUACCACAGCUAACAGCGAUUUACCCGACGCAUCAGACAUAGAUUGGCCCGACAGUUUCACGAUUCAACCGACGGAUGUUCUCCUACCUGACAUGAACAGCCUGGAGUAUUACAACACUCAGUUGACUAAGGAGAACAGCCGUUCAGACACUGGAGCCGAACACAGAGGGAACGUUACCGUAGUGUCCAUCAGUUCUACAGACAUCACACCCACCACCGAAUUGACUGAGGAGGAGACCUCCAGUGAUAUUUCAGGGUUUGAGCCCCAAGAUGAAUCAACCCCAGUGGUAACCACAGAGGAGAGUCCUUGGCUGGUUAAUGCCUCUGAGCCUUUUCUUGAUCCUUCCAUAGUCCCAACACACUUCUUUGAUCCCUCUUCUUCUAUCUGGGGUGGUCAGGUGUCCACCCCACAUUGGUCUGCACAUUCUCUAACUGUUGCCCUGGAUAGCACUGUAUUAGCAGAAGCUAUGCUACCCAGUGCCACACCUUUGCUGCCAGAUGAUGUAAUGUCUUCCUCCUCUCUGACAGAUGUCCAUUGGUUUGUUGAGUCAUUCCCAUCAAGCACCAUACACACCACUCCUGUCUUAACCGCAACCAUAGCUUUCUCCCCUGUUCCCACUGAACCCACUGCCAACACCACGGCUGGCACAACAGAAUUAACUCCCCAAGACUCUACUUUUACAACUGAACAAACCCUCAAUAUCACUUUAGUUUCCUCUGAACCCACAACUAAUGUCACUGUGGGCCCUCCGGCCGUAAUGGGUGAUCAGGGGGUGAUUGAAGAUGGAGUUGACAUCCCAGCCACAAUGACCUUGAUCCCAACUAGCAGUGAAGCUAAUACAGUCUCUGCUGUACCCACAACUACAGCUGCCACAACUACUUCUUAUCAAGCCACAACUACUGCCACCACUGAAGCCUCAACUAGUGUUAGAAUCAACUCUACUGCCAGUGAAAAGACCACAACUACAAGGCAGUACCUCUGCAACCUAAACAGGCGUGCUUAUUUAGUAAAAGUUGGUUUUCCUUCCGGUGCCACUGUUGGAUAUGUCAAAUCUCAAGUGAGAGACAUACUGAAAGGGGAAUUCAACAAGUCUGUGGAGCUGCAGGUUGUGGACCCCCCACCAAAGUUUGUGUUUCGGGUGAUGUCUGGUCCAGUUGUGUACACGGCCAUAUCUGUCAUCAAUGCUCUGCGAAGGUCUGGGCGCCGCUUCCUGUCUGUGUCUCCCAACUGGACAACACCUGACAGUAAAUAUCAAGUCCACACAGUGCUGCAGUUUGUUCCCAGUCACAUAGAUGUGCGGUUCUGUAACUUCAGUGAGAGCAUUGAGAAAGGUUUGACCAUGGCCUUUGCAGAAGUGCGUCGGCGCUCCAAGGAGUCAACCAACUUCACAGUGCAUAUUGUAAACAUCACCAUGGCGGCUCCUAAAUAUCAGGAACAGCGGCUAGUGAGGCAGCCGGUGGACGUGACCUUCACUGUGCGCGGUUCAAGGGGUUAUCUGAUGGGGUCAGAGGUCAGCGAUGCUCUGAUGAAGCUCACAAUGGUGGAAUUCAGCUAUUACAUGGGCUUUCCUGUACUGCAGAUUGCUGAGCCUUUCCAUUACCCAGAGUUGAACACCAGCCAGUUGCUUCGCUUCUCCUGGGUUAGAACAGUGCUCCUGGGUGUGCUGGACCAGACAGUGAAUGAGAGGACCUUUCAAGCCAACAUGGAGCGCCGUGUGGCCAUGUUACUCCGGGAGGCAACGGGAUUAGUCAGACGUGUUAAGAGAGCCACCCUUAUAGGCAACAGCAGUAUUCAGGUUGUAAGUACGAGCCGGCUGGUGGGUGCGGACCAGCCCUUGGAGAUAGUGUACUUUGUGGAGGGUCCCAGUGGUCAGAGGAUGCCUGCAGUUCAAACCGCCAACAUACUCAACAGCCUGGACGUUCAAAGGGCUGCUAUCGUCUUGGGAUAUCGUGUCCAGGGCAUUUUGGCACAGCCUGUAGAGAAGGUGGCGUCCUCACCCUCUGACGCCGAGAACACCAACACGUGGAUUGUCAUUGGGGUUGUGAUUCCCCUCCUUGUGGUCAUCAUCAUCAUUUCCAUCCUGUACUGGAAACUGUGUCGGACAGACAAGCUGGAGUUCCAGCCAGACGCCAUGACCUCCAUCCAGCAGAGACAGAAGUUGCAGGCUCCGAGUGUGAAAGGCUUUGACUUUGCCAAGCUGCACCUUGGCCAGCAGAGUAAGGAUGAUGUCAUGGUGAUCCAGGAGCCUGCCCCGCCAGGGCCUGGCCCAGGGCCCCUCCCCCUCUCCCUUAAAGAUGGUUUCAGUCCAUCUGAGAACGGGGAGAUCCCCACACCCAAAUCCAAAACCUCCACCAAGGCGUCCCGAAGCAGUCGAAGGCGAGAAAGGAUCUCGCCGUCUGACGGUGACUCUGUGGUAAGUGACCGUUCCAGUGAGCGGGAACCACCGGAGGAGAACUUGAGAGCCCACGCCACGCCCAGCGACAGCAAGCAGACCCGUAAGGUCCCCAUCAAUGUUUUAAAUGGUCCUCCUCCUAUGAAUGGUACAAACGAGCAGCUGUCCUCAGCCUCCAUCUUUGAACACGUUGAUCGGAUUUCUCGUGCCGCAGAUGCAAGCAGGAGACUCCCCAACAAAAUCCAACUUAUCGCCAUGCAGCCCAUGCCUGUCCCACCACUGCACAGCCCACCCAUUAACGGCAAAGUGUCUGACACCAACCAAAUCAACAAAGAGAUCCAGGUAGCAUUGAGGCACAAGUCCGAGAUUGAGCAUCAUCGUAACAAGAUACGUCUCCGUGCCAAGAGGAAGGGCCACUACGACUUCCCCUCCAUGGAUGACAUGACGAGUGGCCUCGGAGAUGCGAAGGACCAGGAUCGCAUCUAUCAUAAAGCACAGAUACAGAUCGAUAAGAUCCUGGACCCAGAUGCCGAGAUGUCCUCCAUCUUCAUGGAGUCCAAGAAAAGUGGGCGAGGUAGGCGCUCUCCCAAACAGAGGAUGAAGGACCAGCUGAACGGAGGCAUGAUGGAAGCAGACAAAGACCACCUCAUCACUGAAGACAGCGAUGCUGUUUACAGGAAGUGUCCUGGAGUCAACAAUGUGGCCUACGUAUCGGACCCUGACCAAGGCCCAGGAUCCCCUCACAGGAGCCCCUCCCCCACCGACGACGUCUUCCUGGGUCCCGCUUCUUCUCCUCCAGGCCAUGCCCCUCCCCCACCCCCUUACAUGCCUCCACAGCCCUCCAUUGAGGAGGCGCGGCAGCAGAUGCACUCCCUGCUGGACGAUGCCUUUGCCCUGGUGUCGCCCACCUCUCAAGGCAGCACAGCAGGGAUCACUCUCCCUGGGGUCAACACCAACCCCCCUCUCUCCAGCCCUCCAGGCCGUGGCCCCAGAUCUUGGGGUCCUUCCUACCAAUCUCUUGGCCCUUUCCCUGGCAGGUUCACUGAGCUGUCCCCUCCUCCUGCCCAAGGCCUGAUACCAAGGCAGGGCCUCGGCUCGAGCUUCCUGCCACCAGGAGAGACAGCGGGGCAAUGUGAGCCAGACAGCCUGUACUCCAGCAGGGGCCUCUACGCCGAUGAGCUGCCCUCCUCUGCCAGACCGCGGCCAGUAGGGGGAACUACAGGUGCCCAGCUUCAUCAUCUUACACAGGUGGGAUUGUCCAGCCGGAUGAAUGGUUACCCAGCAGGCAUCAGGGCUGCUCCAGGGCAGAACGGAGGCAUUGGCUGGAACCACUAUCACGGUGACAAUUUCUCCAGGGCAGAUCCUGAAAAAGAUGCAUUCCUGGACUGUCCUGACUACUCGUCCUUCUCUAUCUUCCAGACGCCCAGAGGUGGUAUCAGGGAGCCUUCGGCACCCCCUGUCCACCUAGACACCCCGGGGGUGGGCUAUCUGUCAGCCCCACCUCCCCUGGAAACAUCUCCUCCCACCCACUCGUCUGCCUCCCUGAUCAAGGCCAUCAGGGAGGAGCUGUUGCGUCUCUCCCAGAAACAGGCAGCUGUGCCCAGCUACCACAGCUGAAGCCCCGGCCUCCCGUCUGUUGCUCUAACCAGUCACGCCACUGACCGCCUGCCUGCCUGCCUGCCUGCCUGCUUCGCCUAAUCUGACAUUACUUCCCAUGGAAGUCCCCGAGGGUGUACAGCAGAGAGAUAGUCCUGCUGAACUGAAGUGAAGAGGUGGCUAAUAGAGAUUUUUUUUUUUUUUUUUUUUACCUGAAGAGGCUGAACUACUGAAUGACAGGAUGGUCGUUACAGCUCCUAGACUAUUAAGAGUACAGAACCAGAUCAGCUGCAGUAUGUCAAAUCAGAGACAGUGUUAUGAAACAAAGAACAAUAAUAACCGUAUACGCUGGACCUUUUUAAAGAUGAGUUGACGUGAUCAUGAUGCGUCUGUGCUACACUUUUGAUUGUGGAUCGGGGAAUGAUCAUGCCAAGUCCUGGCCACUGCGGAUCCACGUCCGGGAGUUAUUUGAGAUGUCUCCGCAUUUCUUCCGCCUCCGCAUUCCGUAUCACAGUUUCAUUCUCACGCUGCCCCCCCUCCCCGCUAAGACACGUCAUUUUAAGAAAUGUCUUACGUUUUCUUAACAUUGUUUAAACUACCAUACAGGUAUUUUUCUCGUUUUGCAAUGCAGGCCCUAAACCUCUUCAUCACCGUCAGGUGCUACUUCAUGUUUUCUGCCAUGAUGAGCCAUGCUAUGCCUUGACACUGUGAUGUUGUUCACCACUAUACUGUACCAGCCUCCAGCAAGGUCAAAGUUCACAGCCAGCGAGUCAGUUCGGACAGUAGACCCAAAGGGGGGCAUCCGUAGAGGCUAAUAACACUCAUUAACAUCACCUAGUCUUUCCACAAUUACUGCAGUAGAAACAAUUAGUCUGAGUUGAUAUUUGUUUGUGGACAAUUUGCAUUUAUGUCCCCUGUUUUUACUGUAUUUAUGUUGAGUGGCUAACAGACGGCUAGACAAACAUGAAAAAUAAUGGCCUUGAAAUGACAGAUAAUCUUCAAACGUGACCUCAGAGGCAGGUGUUAGAGCCACAGGCACAAAUGUGCUACAUAGAACGACUGAAGACUUUCGGUACGUACUUGACAAUUAGGGUGUAUUGUAUUUGGCUGUAGUUUGAUGCACUGUAUGCAGGCUACUUGGUACAGCUCAGGUCAUUCAAAAAGAGAUUCCUCACGGACAAAUCAUCGAUGAGACAGUGUGAUGGGUCACGUGGAAGAACUGUUAACGAGGGAAAGUCAUAGAGACCAGUAUUCUGUUCUAACACCAACCUGUAUUUACUACGUAGUGAACCACCACCUCUGUUUCAUGCAGUAUUCAACGGAUUCUUUGCCUUUUUGUUAGCACAGAAGGGAGUAAAAAAAAUGUGUACUGUAUUUGUUGUCAUUUAUGGUUUACUUCAAGUCAUGUUUAUGUGCUUUUUAAAUUUUUGGAUUUACCUUGCCUCAUGUACUUUUGUUCACCUUAAAUGUCUAUUUAGUCAUUUUUUUAACAUGACCCUCCCCCGACAUGUUGUGAUAUUUUGGGGCCUGAAGUGAUAUUUUAUUUAAAUGAAAUAAAAGAGAAAAAUUAUGGAUUUCAAAAGCAGGGCUUGAGAAUAUGUUUCGGAGUGUGUUCCACGUGGUGGAUUUUAUUAACCUUUUGGCAGCGAGUUGAAACAUUCUGCCGAUGUUACCAGAGCAUACAUCCCAUUCCUUUUCUUUUGCAAUGUGACGUGCCUUUUGGACUCACCUGAACAGAUGAAGUACUCUGGAUGACAGACGUUCUCUUUGUGUCUUGUUUUACUGUCACUCAUUCUGUCACAUUACAACAAUAGUUCUAUAAAAGACGUAAAAAAAAGAAUACAUUAUGGCUUUUGGAUCUGUUGGUGCUUCUGGGAGCACCAGGAUGAAAUUUCAUCCAGGUAACCAGGUUAUCAAACAUUGUCAUUGUUGUCAUUUGAUAUGCAGGGUCGAUGGGUUAGUGUCUGGUUCUCCAUAUCACCUCUUGUGUUCAUGUUUUGUGUUACCAAUCUCACACUGUAUGCCUCCACCUGCUGGUUCUGUACUGGAACAACAGCCCAUCCACCUGUUUUCAUCUUCAGUUCCUUUUUUUUAUAAUUCUUUUUUGUUGGUGGUUUUUUUUCCCCCCAUCUAUUUCUAUGUCUUGUAUUUUGUGAAAAUGAUCUGUUGGCUGGCCCAACUUCAUGUGUGAUCGAUUGUUGCAUGUUUAAUAUUGUAUUUCUUUAGGUUGUUUGUUUUUGUGCAUGCUGUUUUCUUGAAUUCUUGAAAUUCUUGAAAUACAAAAGAAACUGUCACUCAA